CCAUCCAUUUCCAAAGCACGUUGAAGCGGCGGCGCCGGAGAGAGUCGGGCUGAGUGUGUGCGUAAGGACGCGCGUAAAUCAGGAAGAAAAGGAGGUUUUCCACGGCGCUGCGCUUUAAAUCCUCCCCAACUCUGAGCGGGAUUAGACUGGAAACCUUUGUGACAAGAUACUUUGAUUCAUCAAACUUCACAUCGAAUACAUCAAGGUUGAAGGGACCCUCGUGAGAAAUGGAGCCGUCUGAGUCCGAGAUGAAUAUAUUAUCCAACGGCAAAAGUCUUGACCUCACAGAUGACAUGGGCGUGCCAAUGAAGACGAUGCUAGCAGAGGAUCAAAAUGGCGCUGAAACAUUCAGAUAUGAUGAUGCUGAAGGAGGACUGGAAAGCGAGGAGUUUUUGCCCAGUGCGAAUGGAAAGAAACCAAUACGUUUCACUGACUUUGAAGGAAAAACCUCUUUUGGCAUGUCAGUCUUUAACCUGGGCAACGCUAUUAUGGGCAGUGGUAUCCUUGGAUUGGCUUAUGCCAUGGCCAAUACUGGCAUACUUCUCUUCUUGUUUCUUCUGACGGCAGUUGCAACCUUAUCAUGCUACUCCAUUCAUCUGCUGCUUAAAUCAUCUGGCAUAGUGGGAAUUCGAGCGUACGAGCAGCUGGGGUACAGGGCCUUCGGUACUCCUGGAAAAAUGGCUGCUGGUAUAGCAAUCACCCUGCAGAAUAUUGGAGCUAUGUCCAGCUACCUGUACAUUGUUAAAUCUGAGCUGCCGCUGGUCAUCCAAGCUUUCCUGAAGGCAGAUCCCAACUCUGAUCUGUGGUACUUGAAUGGAAACUACCUGGUCAUCAUGGUCUCUGCCAGCAUCAUCCUGCCUCUUGCUUUAAUGAAACAACUUGGUUACCUCGGCUACACCAGCGGCUUCUCCCUCAGCUGCAUGGUGUUCUUUCUCACCGCGGUUACCUACAAGAAGUUUCAGAUUCCCUGCCCCUUUGAAGAGUUUUCAGUGAACAGCACUGCCGCGCAUCACGGCCUGAACAUUUCAACCCACGUCCACGAGUACACCAACGGUUUGAUUCACGAAGACGACGACUCCCACUGCGCCCCACGCAUGUUUACCAUUAACUCACAGACGGCUUACACCAUCCCCAUCUUGGCUUUUGCUUUUGUUUGCCACCCUGAGGUACUGCCCAUCUACACCGAGCUCCGCAAUCCAACUCAGAAGAAGAUGCAGAAGGUGUCCAACCUCUCCAUCUUGGUCAUGUACACCAUGUACUUUCUGGCUGCUCUCUUUGGCUACUUGACCUUUUACGAAAAUGUGGAGCCUGAGCUGCUGCAUACUUACAGCCGCAUUGAUCCUUACGACACUUUGAUCCUGUGUGUUCGAGUGGCUGUUCUCACUGCGGUGACUCUGACUGUCCCCAUUGUGUUGUUCCCAGUGCGUAGAGCCAUUCAGGAGAUGAUAUUCCCCAGCAAGUCUUUCAGCUGGAUACGCCACACUGGCAUUGCUCUCAUUCUGCUCUCGUUCAUCAACAUGCUGGUGAUAUUCGCCCCCAACAUUCUGGACAUCUUCGGCAUUAUUGGUGCCACGUCGGCUCCCUGUCUCAUUUUCAUCUUCCCUGCUGUCUUCUACAUCCGCAUCGUUCCUAAAGAGGAUGAACCCUUGAACUCGGUUCCCAAAAUCCUGGCCUUUUGUUUCGCUGCUUUGGGUGUUUCCUUCAUGGUGAUGAGUCUGAGCUUCAUCAUCGUGGACUGGACGACAGGGAGCAGCCAUGCUGCAGGAGGUCACUAACUUCAGUGUAUGUGGGAUUUUAGGAAAAGUCUUGGAUAUUAUGUUCAGUAUAAAGGAAGUAAAACACACUACAUUGCUCUCCAGUAGAGAUCCUGGGCUUUGCCACGAUGCACAGUAAACACCUGGACUACAUUUUUAUUGCCUACAUUUUAAACAUAUGUUUUUCUGUAAAUGCACAGCAAUUUAAAUGCAUUUGAUCUCAUUAAUUGUGAACUAAAAUACAACUAAAUCUACCUAUGAUGGUGAAAUGAUCCUGUUCUGCUGCUGGGCAUUAAUUCCUCUCACACAGCUGCAGCUGGUACUGUACAUGCAAACAAAGGCAGAAAUGCUUCAGCAUUUUUAAUUUUUUUUCAACGAGACGCACAAAAUAUGCAGUUAGAUGAUCUUACAUGGAACCAGCAUCAGUCUGAACGGUCCAUCAUUAUCAUCAUCAUCUUCAUGUAGAAUAAGUCAAAGCGCUUGAAGGCCUGGCGGCAUUUUAUGUCUGUAAGCUUUUGCUCUAUAUGCAUUUAAACCGUGGUGCCUUUUACCUUUUGGAGUGGCUCACAUACAUAGAAAGUGUAUAUUUAUUCAGCUUGCUGCUAUAAAGCUUUAUUUAACUUGCGUUUGGUCACAAAAAGGAAAUCAGUUCACUGUAUAUGACGUAAUUGUUUUUCUUAGGUCACAUAGAUGGUAGAAGUGUUAAAGGCUGACGGUAUUGAGGCUGCAUGGUUGAUAAAAUGAUUAUCUCUUCAUUACAACGACAACAAUAGUCCAAAUAAUCUGUGCUCUUGAAUAAAAAGCAAGUCCAGAUCAU